AUGGCCCGGCUGGUGGGGAGCUGCAACCUGCCCAUCACGCCGAGCUGCGAGCUGAGGGUGUCCCUCGGGGGGCAGCAGGGGACGUGGGUCCUCCGGGCCGUGCACCCACGGGUGCUUGCCCUCGCCUCCUUGCAGGCAGAGGAGGUCCAGCAGCAGAUUAUCCGUGAGACUUUCCACCUGGUGCUGAAGCGCGAUGACCACAUUUGCAACUUCCUGGAGUGCGGCAGCCUGUUUGGCGGCUCUGACUACAAGCUGAUCUACCGCCACUACGCCACACUGUACUUCGUCUUCUGUGUGGACUCCUCCGAGAGCGAGCUGGGCAUCCUGGACCUCAUCCAGGUUUUUGUGGAGACGCUGGACAAGUGCUUUGAGAACGUCUGUGAGCUGGACCUCAUCUUCCACAUGGACAAGGUUCACCACAUCUUGCAGGAGGUGGUGAUAGGUGGCAUGGUGCUGGAGACAAACAUGAACGAGAUCGUGGCGCAGGUGGAGGCCCAGAGCAAGCUGGAGAAGGCGGAGGGCGGACUCUCGGCCGCUCCUUCCCGUGCAGUCUCGGCUGUGAAGAACAUCAACCUGCCUGAGAUCCCUCGCAACAUCAACAUCGGUGAUAUCAACAUCAAAGUGCCCAACCUGUCGCAGUUCAUGUGAGCGUCCUGCGACAGGGGUGGGGGCUCUGGCUCAGGGAGGAAGGCUGGGCUCUGCUGGACUCCCCCAGUCCCGUUUGGGCUCACAGUGGGUCUGGCGUGCUGCAGGGAGUGGUGACGGUGCUUCUGUCUGUCACCUUGCACCCACGCUCGCUGGUGUCCCCACAGCAAGGGUGGCCUUUCUUCCCUCCCUCUCCCCUCCCCAUGGAUGUGCAGCCUCUUCCCUCGCUGUUGGAGGGGGAGCGAAAGAGCCGGGUCCUGCCUCUCCCAGCACUUCUUGGGAUUCCCAGUUGUGAAAAUGCAGCCGUAGCUGGUGGCUUCUGCACUAGCCCUGGGCUGUCGUUUUGACCCCGCGUUGGGCAGCCCCCCGCGCCCUCUCCAGCCCUGCCCGCUGCGC